AUGACUGACAUAAAAAGGCGGUGUUUUAGCGCCGGCAGAGACUUGCCUCAUCAUGAACUGGCUGCCACCUCAUCCAUAUAUGGCCCCAUUGACAAUUCGAGGCCGGGUCGCCCACCGAAGAGGGUGUCUAUGGUUAGCAUGGCGUCGGGAGUCACGACGACAGCUCUGGUCAAAAAGUCCCGGAUGGAAAGCGAUUACCACGCUUACGAAAAUGGUCACAUAACCGGUGAAAGGUUAGACAAGCACAUGCUGCCCAACGGUUACGGUCAUCCAGGCACGACAAGUCAUCUCUCGCCUCUCCCCUUCAUGACCCUCAAUUCCUCCCACCACAACAGCGUCAUCACCGGUGGCGUUUCCAUGACGACUACCGCCACCCACUCGUCCCACGCCACCUCCAGAGGUGAAAUCACCAGAGAACGGCAGAUGGGCACUGACGUCAUAGCUUCCACUAGGCGAAUCAUCCAAGAAGUUUUGAGGUUUCGGAAACGCGUGCAUUCUGGAGAAGUUUUGCGAAAAUUCGUAGAUGUAGUUGUUGAAGAAUCAUCGCAGAAGUUCUAA